AGAGGAACUGUUGAUAUCAAAGUCACAACACUAACAUUAUUUUUGUUUUGGUACAGAAAUUUUAAGACGUCAUUUAAUGUUUUGUAAACAAUUCGCAAGUGGCUAGGAAAAUCGAAAUAGAGUUGAAAGCAAAAAAUAUAAAACGCGAGUUGCAGGUGGCGAUUAUAUAUAUAUAUAUAUAUAUGAUACGAAUUGCGAUUUUUAUUUGAAUGUCGGAAUCAGAGAAAUAAAAUGUUAUCAAGGUAUUUAAAUGUGUUAGGGACCAUCUUUAUUUCAUUACGUCGUAAUGUUGGUUUUCCAUAUGGAGGAAUGCUAAGAAAAGACAUUCGCUAGUCCACAUAGUGAAAUACAAAUGUACAUACAUAAUAAACUAAAGUUCCUUUACAAUGGUGAAACGUCAUAACAUGUUUUCAUUUAUAAGUUAUGAUUAUUAAAUGGCAAAAGAUAUAAUCAAACCUGCCAUAAACACUAUUUUCAUAUCGUGAAAAUUUUAUUCAAAGUGCUUAUACAAUAGAUUUUUAAUAAAAAGUUAUGAGUUACGAAGAUGUUAACGUUAGCAACAAAGCAGUAACGAAUAAAACAGAGUAUAUAACGAAAAGUGGUGAAACUCUAAAUAGAGCAACGGGAAAAGUUGUUUGUCAACUUGUGGCGUCCCCCAUUUUCAUCAAUAAAAGUGUCACUAGAUUGGUUCAUUGUAUCAAUAAUAACUAAUAUAGAUCUUUAAAUUGAAUAAAAUAUAACAGCGCAAAUACAAUGUCCACUGUGACUCGUAGUGCAAGUGCGAGCCCAUCUGUUGGUCAUUCUAAUAAUCAACAAAAUCAGCAUAACCCAACGGAGAGACAAAAUUUUCCCCAUUCAGUAGUUGAUCCUAGUAAUUUUCCCCUUAAAUCUAUAACCGAUGUUGUGAAUUUUUUUCGGAGAUCACUUGAAGCAGGUUCCUCGGCAUAUGGAAGUGAACCCGAUUUAACACUGCUCUCAAUUGUUGCCGGUUAUAUCGAGCUUUCAUUAACUACAGGCGAUGCUGCAUUAGCUGCGGAACAUGCAUUAUCAAAUGCCGCUUCGAAUACAACUAUAUCUUCACCUCCACUUCUUGCGGCUGUUGUUGGCAGUCCUUUAUCGUCAGCACAAAACUGUGGCAUUAUUAUAAAAAGCAACAGUGUGCCUUUUCCAGUUGUAACAUACGAGCUUGUCUCGGGUUUAUAUAAGAAAUUUCAAAGUAUACUCUCUGUUGUUGAAAAACCUAAAUCAGCGCAAAAUCGUCAAGCUACACGUGAAAUCAUCAAAAAAGUGUCUGAUGUAAUUUGGCAUUCUUUAAUCAGAAGCAGUUAUAAGGAUCGAGCUCAUUUACAAAACUUAUAUAGUUAUUUAUCGGGCAACAAGUUGGACUGUUUUGGUGUAGCGCUAGCUGUUGUUGCCGGUUGUCAACUGUUAGGCUAUCGUGACGUACAUUUGGCUAUAUCUGAAGAUCAUGCUUGGGUUGUAUUUGGUUCUAAACAUACUGAAUGCAUCGAAGUGACGUGGCAUGGCAAAGGGAGUGAAGAUAAACGCGGUCAGGACAUAACAGCUGGCAUAGAAUCUGGAUCGUGGUUAUAUCUGAGCGGCUUGGCAGUUGUAUGCGAUAGAGCUAUGGAAGUUUCUGCUGUUGUAUCAGCAAUAAAUAUAUCAAUGACAACUAAUAGCGAUUGCGUUGAAGUGGCUGAUAUGCAACAAAAAUUACUUUGGUUAUUGUAUGAUAUGGGUCAUUUAACAAAGUAUCCUAUGGCAUUGGGAACACUUGGUGAAUUGGAAGAAAUCUCUCCAUCGCCUAAACGCAUAUCUUGUGAACAACUUUAUAAGGAGGCAAUACAGUCAUCCCGCAAAUUUUACCGCAAUCAUCACGUAUAUCCUUAUACUUAUCAGGGAAAUUUUUAUAAUCGUCUUUUGAAAUAUCGUGAAGCGUUUGCUUCGUGGGCAAAUGCGGCAGAUGUAAUACGCCUAUAUACAUACAGUUGUCGCGAUGAUGAGGAAAUUUAUAAAGAACUUUUGGAUAUUGCAAACGAGAUGAUACCACAUGUUAUGAAGACAGAGAGUUCGGGUCAUUCAGCAAGAAGCAUUCUUCGCGAUUCUGAAGUAUUUGCAAAUUUAUUGCGAUUCUAUGAUGGGAUUUGCCAAUGGGAGGAAGAUAGUUUAACACCAAUACUACAUAUUGGCUGGGCUAAGCCACUAGUAAACAAUAUAACAAAAUUCGAUUAUGAUAUAAGAUCACAAGUGGUAAUUAAAGUCCCUGAAGAUGAUGAAGUUACAUAUACAAAAAAAUCAUCUGAAGCAACAACUUCCUCAUUAAGAGAAGAUACAACACCUAAUGAGGUGCCUAAAGUGGAAAAGAAACAUGUAGUUGUGGAUGUAAAGAAAGAUGAACCCAAUAGCUGUAGUAUUAAUAAUAAUAAUUUCAAAAAGGAAGAUAAGACUUCGGGGGAUGUAAAAAAGACAGAUAUUACCGCCACAUUAGCAGAUCUAACUGCCGCUUGUGGUGAGAAAAUUUUGAAUCCAGAUUUUUUAUUACAGGGAGGAGGCGAGCCUUUUGCUGAACAAAAGAAACACAUGGAACAGCGACAGAAUGUCUGUAAUAAUGAUCCAACAAAUGGCUUAAAAAAUGUUCCGAAUAAAGAUACUGUUGUCACAAAUGUCGUCCAAAUGGAAAUAUCAAAUACCAAUGAUAAGUUGGAAGAAAAUGAAAAAGAAUCAUGCGCAGAGAUAAAAACACACUCACUUACUGAUGAGGAUCCCUUCGAGUUUAUGAUGAAACGUCCGGUAAUUACACUUUAUAGUCAAAAAAUGAAGGGUCUCAAAGACCUUUUGUUGGCAGAAAAAUUAAACACACAUGCAAUUUCACUGCAAGUCACCGCCCAAUCUGUGGCGAGCAAAAAGAUAAGAGGCAUUGAUAAGCUCGGUAAUCACACGACGACUUCAACGUACGCCAGUGCUCAUGUACCAGGCAAUACUUUGCAAUCCCUUCACACAAAUUAUAAUGCAGUUUUAAGCGAUAGCAAUACCAAUUCAAAUGAUAAUGGUAGCACUGCUACUACAAUUGCUGCUUCACGUCCUAAGCGCUCUCGCCGCGAGUAAAUAUUUGGCAGAGGUAAGGAAAUAAAAAAAAAAAUGCUGUAAGGAAGCUUCUUUUUCUUAUAUAUGUACAUAGAUAUAGAUACUGGCUAUGAUAGGGACUUAUAUUUCCAAUAUUCCAACUAUUUUCUAUACUUUUAUUAUUCAUAACAUUACCACAUGGAUCUAAUCGUACUGACGCAAAAACUUUUUCAAUUCUGUAUAAAACAUACAUAUGUACGUAUGUAAUCAUAGAGCAUUUAUUCAUUGCAAACUUUCGUUGAUUAUUGGUAAAUAUUUGUUAUUAAGUUCGACAUCUAGUUUGGAAUUACUCCGGCUUGAAUCUCGACUUUAUUUAAGCUUUGAUAAUGCUCCUGUUCCGAUUACAUAGAUUGAUCUUCUGCGAUUUUACAUACAUUUUUUUUUGUAAAAAUUUUUUUUUUUGAAUUCUUAUACUGAUCAUUUGAAAAUUAAAAAGUGAAUAUGAUAUGUGCAUGUAACUAGCCCUACAUCGAAAUUUUAAAAUUAAUUUCUAAGUUUUUUGUUAUAAAACUUACUAAUAAUCUUCGUAUUAUUUUUUUGAUGAAAAAGUUUUUGCAAGUACUUCCUUGUUAUUUGUGUUUACUCCAAUAUGAAAAAUAGCAGUUCAAAUAGAGAUUUAUUGCAAGCCAUCUUCGAUUGGCCAAAACUUGGAGCGAGAAAAAUCGAACACACUACUAUUAUAAAUCAAAUAGACUGACAUGAGGAAAUAAAGUUCAAAGACAAAGAUGUUGUAUCGCUUUAAUGAGUUGUCCAGGUACUCUCUUAUAAUGAAUUGAUUUGGAUAACUUUGUUGUUGCAUUGACAUAUAAAUUUGCUGACAAGAGAGCAAAACUCAAACCUUGCGAACAGAGAAGUGGCGACUAACUUAGUACUUACCGAUCCAAACAGGGUUAGAGCGCCGAAAUAACAACCCUUGGCCGGAUAAAAUCCGUCUCAAUACUUGUAGCCGGUAGAACGUAAAUGAGAAAUGACGAAUCGAAGACGGCUAACAUAUAGACAUAUGAAAAUAUGUACAGCACAAGAGCAUUAUACUUAAUCUAUUUUAGUUUAAUUUGACAAACUAUUUAUUAUCUUUUUAUAGAAGUUCUAUGGAAAAAUGUUAAGGCCAAAAAGUUGCUUAUAAAAACUACAUUGAAAGCAAUUAUUUCAAAGAAAUAUGAAAUGCAUACAAAAAUAUAUUUCAAUAACUUAAAGUAUAUUAGCUUAGUAUUAAGUAUAUUCUGCAAAUUUUAUGUUAAAAAAUGUAUGUAAAGAUAAUUUAGAGAAUAUACUAUUCAAUAGUUGCACUUUUCCUGUCUCAUGUGAUAUGCUUUUCUAAAAGCGUUUGUAAUCAAACUAUAAUCAUGUAUAUAAAUAUAAGUACACACAUACGCACACAACCGUAAUCCUAAUAGUAUAAUAUUCUCAAUAUACAUACAUACUUGUACAUCAGUCUAGCAUGAUUAUAUCUUCCCGUUAUUUAAUAUUCCAAUAAACCUCUUACCCAAAUUUGUAUGCCUGACGAAUUAUUAAAGUCUUGUGUGUUAUUUUUGUUUUUCAAAAUAAUAUAUAUAUUUUUUAAAUCACUUAAGACAUCCCUAUACGCAGGCUUAUAGCAUAGAUUUAGACUUACUUUUACAAAAUACUUCAAGUACACCUUAAUGCAUUAAAUAGAGUCUUGUGUAUCAGCAAAAAAUAAAAAUAAAUAGUCAAAGAAAUUCACAAGUACUCGGUACAUACAUACAUAUGUACAAGUGUAUUUUCUACUACUUAAGGAAUGGCUAUGAGUUGUCAAUAAUGAUAAUAAGAAAUGAAUUUUAAAGAAAGUCUGUGAUGAAAGAAACGAUUAAAAUAAUGAUGAAAAUCAAUUUAUCCUAAUAUUAAGUGCAUAAAAUUCGCAAAGUAAUAAUGUUAAAAUAAAUGAGUAUAAAAGCUAUGUUUAAUAGAAAGUUACGUUUUGCAAUAAUCUACAAUACUUACAAUAAAUAAUGUUUGUUUAAAUAUCUACAUCAGUAGAUUAUUAAAGGUAUUACAUAAUGUACAUAUGCAUUUAAAUGUUAAAUGUUACAAAUUACUAAAUUACAAAACAAUGAAAAAAAACAAUAUUAAUAUUAUAUUGUGAUUUCUCAAUUAAAUUUAAAACAUAUUUAACCCAAAAAUCUGUAUACGUUAGGGUGUUCGUUAUUUCCAAGUUGAUGUUUUUGUUUUUCAAACUCCCCCUUAAACUUCAGUUCUUGCCCAAAACAAAAGGAUCCAACUUAAACAAGCUCUUUAUUUUCAAUUUAAAGAAAUUAUGUCUAAAUUUUUUUUACUUUUCCCAUAUAUUUGAUAUGGGGUUUUUUAUCUUUGCAAUAAACUUCUUAUCUGCAAAGUAAAUAAACCUACAACUCUAAAAUAAUGUUAUUCUAAUAUAAAAUUUUCGCACUACAAAAAAGGGUUUUUUCAUAAAAACAUAAAAUGAAAAGUCAUAAAGUGCAGUUAAAGUUAAUGCAUCAAAUGUACUGUAUUCAUAUAGUACACCAUGUCGUAUGACAACAUGAAUGUAUAAAUAACUUGUAUGACUGCUCAUUGUUUUCCAAUAGGGAGGAUAUGAUUUCUUAGUGUCGUUUCGGCCAUUUUUUAUGCGCCAUGAUCUGUAAUUUUUUUCUUCUAAUUUUUCAGUAAUGUUUACAAUUUCAUAAUGGAAAGAUAUACGCAAGAACAACGUUUACAAAUUAUUCAAUUUUAUUAUCAAAAUAAUCGUUCUCCAAUUACAAGUUUUUUAAGAAAAUCAUCUUCUCAUAUGAGACUCACUUUCAUCUAAGUGGUGCAGUAAAUAAACAAAACUGUUAAUUCUGGAGUGAAGAAAAUCCACAAAUUAUUCAGGAACAACCAUUACUUUCACCUAAGUUAACAGUUUGGUGUGGUUUUUGGUCUGGUGGAAUCAUCAGUCCGUACUUCUUUCGUAAUUAAGUUGGUGACACCGUUACUGUCAAUGGAGAGCGGGAUAGAUCGAUGAUAGCCAACUUUUUAUGGCUGCAAUUGGAAGAAGUUGAUCUUGACAACAAUAGGUUCCAACAAAAUGAGGCUACGUGCCACACCGCACGUGCAACAACCGUAUUAUUGCGAGAAAAGUUUGUAGAUUCGAUAAUUUCAAGAAAUUGUGACAUUGAAUGCCCUCUAAGAAGUUGUGAUUUAACACCAUUAGACUACUCCUUGUGGGAUUAUUUGAAGUCAUUUGUCUUUAGCAAUAAACCAGACUCUUUUCAAGCUUAAGAAAACAAUAUUGCACGUGCUAUUCAUGACAUACGACUUAAAUUAGUGGAAAAAGUACUUGAAAAUUCAUCGAGUUCGUCCCUGCAAAAGAAGUCGGGGAGGCCAUUUGAUUGAUGUUAUAUUGUGGACUUAAUUGUAUCGAUCAUAUCACUCUUAUUGGGAAACCCUGUAACUGUAACGGCGUAUAACUUUUAAAGGAACGUUCUGAUGGGAAAAAAAACAAUAUUUUUUUGGAGACCGGAAAAUUUUGUAUUAGAAUAUCACUUUUUCAAAGUUGUAUUAAUUGUUUAAUGCAAAAUAUAUGUUAUAUAUUUACAUACAUGCGUUAAGAAAUCUAAGUCAUAUUUCUGUGCUUGUUUUAAAUUGAAAAUAAAGAGCUUGCUUACAUUGGAAAGUUUUUUGUAAGCGCAAAAACUGAAAUUACAGGGCACGCUUUCAAAACAAAAAUCAACUUGGGAAAUAACGGACUCCCUAGUGUAUAUACACACAUAUAUAUACAUAAGUAUAUGUAUAAUUAAGUACAAUGUUGUAAAUUCAACAAAAAAAUUAAAUUAGUAACUCCUAUACAUACGUACAUACACAUUUUAUUAUACUUCUGUAUCGCAUAAAAAUCUGUAUAAUAAAUAUGUAUUAACACUUUCGGCUUAAAAAUAUAUAAUACAAGGGGGUAGUGAGACAAAAUGCUUAAUGUGCGUCAAAACUAAAGCUCGUAACUUAAUAUAUGUAUUACUACCCAACGAGAUAUAAAAUUCAAAGAGUUAUAAAAAUUUUAAGUGCGAAUUGAGCAUUAAUAGCGAUACUUUUUGCAAUUAGAGUUAUUUAUAUCAAAUUUGACGUUCACUUCAAUUGGAUGUCUUACUGCUAUAAAAAAUGUUAGAAAUAUGUGUGUAUAUAUUUGUAUAUAUUAUUGUAUAACUUCCGUUUUAAUUUUACACACACGAGUUAGGCUACGCGCUUUAGUUUUGGCAGACACUGUAUAGUACAUGUAAUGAAGAUAUAUUGAUUUCUAUACCAGAUCACGCGCUCAAAAAACUUUUCAUAAGUCUCAACUAUAACGAUGCAAUUUGCUCAAAAUAGACAUUUAAGGAUGCCUAAAUUUACAAGCUGAAUGUUAGUAAACUUGUCCAAACUUGAUUAAAAAUAACAUACUUAAACUUCUCAUCGCUCCUAUAUGUGGAAAAAAAAUAUUCGACCUCAACACCCAUAUACCUAAUAGAAAGAUUUUCGAACUUCCAGCUGACUUUAUACCGGACAUAUCGCUCAAUAUGUGAGUCUUCUUAAUAAAAUGUGCGGGCGUGUUUUUGUGUGUGCCUAAAAUGAAUAAAAUCGGGUGAAAACAGCCCUAGGCUCCAUAUAACUAAUAUUAAAAUUUUCAAACUUUCGGUUGACUUUACUCCUUACAUAUUGGUAAUGGUAUGUGAGGUGAAUGAAACUCUUUUUCGUUAGCAAUAUGUAGAAAUGCUAAAAGUAGAUAAAAUCGGGUCAAUACUAACCUCGCAUCCCUAAUACACAUAAUGAAAUCCUUUCCUCUGGUUAGCGUUUUCCACAUCAUCUCAAUAUAUUAUAUUUAACCUCUCUGGUUGAGGAUGAUUUUAGCGGACGAGAAGUAAAAUAUAACAACAAAACUAAAUGAGUCUAUGACUUAUAAUAUAACUUAAUAAUAAAAUACCAAACUUGAUUGUAAUCCAUUCAGGAUUUCGUGGAAUAAUUAAUACUGAAUUCUUUCGCAAGAUUUUUAAAAUCAAAUUUUGCCAACACCUGAAGGUAUUAACCGUACUUUGAUCCUUGUAAGUUGCAAGGGUAUAAAAUGUUCGGUUACACCCGAACAUAGCGCUUUUUUAUUUGUUUAUAGAUAAUUUUAUGAUCUAGAAAUUUGAUCCAAGGUAAUUUUAUGAUCCAACUUACCGUUUAGUUGAAAAUCGCGAAAAAUUUCUUCAAGUACUUUUUUCACAUAUCGGAAUGUUAAGGAGUUUUUGUACGUUAUUUGUAAUCAUGCUUUGAACAUAUUAAUUCACUUAAAGCUUGUUGUAAAUGUAUGUAACUUUAUUCUUAUUCUAUGUCUUAUAAAAUGAUUCCUUGAUGGAUCAAUCGGGUGAUUAGCAUUUAAAAAUCGGCACUACUAUUUAAAAAGUAAUAUGUAUGACUAUCACAAAAAUUUCUUUAGACCCCCAUAUACCACAUAAAAAUAAUAUAGAAGAAGUAAUGUAACUGCAAGCCAUUAAUAUUCAAAAUUACACAGACGUUUCAGUAACCAAAAUAGCAAAAAUUCAAAUUGCAAUACAAAUGAGAAAUAAAAUAUAAAAAUCGCCAAAAUUAAUGAACUGCUUCUUGUUAAUUACUCAAGUUUUUGAUAUUUAUUUGUUAAAUAUAUUCAAUUAUAAGUAAAUUAGUAGCGCCUAAAUACACAUAUACAUAUACUGUCCACAGCUGCAUAAACAAUAGCAAACGAAGCCAAUUUCCUAUUCAAAUCAGUUCUCGCCGAAUGAAGUACACCAUGGUGUAAAACAAUAUUAGAUGAUAAUCAAAAGCAACCAAUACAUUUAAAACAAAACAUAUGUAAUAUUAGUUUACCAUUGCAAGUAGAAACCUCCAAAAUAGUAUUGUACAAUUGUUCAACAUUAUCAGCUCUAAAUGUUUAAAUUUAAAAAUAAAUUAAUGAAUUGAA